GGGGCGCAGAGGAGCGCGUGUCUUCGCGUUGACGCGCACGGUGGGGGAAGUGGGAAAGACGGAAGACGGGACGUUGAAUUAAAGAAAAUAAAACUAACAACUUGCAAACUUUUAGCUUCUGGGAUAGAAAUUCAGCCGCUUAUUAUGUUACACGAGAUGUGGUUAUUUCUUUCGAUACUCAUCUAGUUAGGAGACCAAACGCCCUGAUUGCAUUCAGUCACUGCUUGUAAGCCGCUACAGGACCAGCGGGAAUUCUUGAAGCCAAGAAAGUGUUCCAGAGUCACAAUUGCAGCUAAAGUGCUGUGUAAAAAAACAAACAGUUUUUCUGGUGCAGCUCCAGUUCGUUGGCUAAACGGGACUCUAUUUCCUGCUGGAGUAAAGUUUGGCCUGCUGUGGAAGCUGCUACUAAUAAACAAACAUGUCGGCCCAGGCGCAGAUGAGAGCCAUGCUGGACCAGCUCAUGGGGACGGGGAGAGACGGAGACACUAUGCGGCAGAGAAUCAAAUUUUCAGAUGAGCAGGUCUGCAAGAGUCACCUAUUGGAUUCAUGUCCUCAUGACAUUCUGUCAGGCACUAGAAUGGACCUGGGAGAGUGUGUAAAAGUCCAUGAUCUGGCUCUCAGAGCAGAUUAUGAGAUUGCCUCCAAGAAGCAGGAGUUCUUCUUCGAACUGGAUGCUGCUGAACACCUUCAGUCUUUCAUCGCCGACUGUGAUCGUAGGACAGAGUUGGCCAAGAAGAGACUGGCUGAGACGCAAGAUGAGAUCAGCGCCGAAGUGUCUGCAAAGGCUGAACGUGUGCAUGAGCUGAAUGAAGAGAUUGGGAAGCUGCUAGCCCGGGCAGAGCAGCUUGGCAGUGAGGGAAACGUGGACGAGGCUCAGCAGUUGUUGGAUAAAGUGGAGACGACUCGGGCUUUGAAGAGAGAAGCAGAGGACGUGUACAGGAAUUCAAUGCCGGCCUCCAGCUUUCAACAACAAAAACUGCGGGUGUGCGAGGUGUGCUCGGCUUAUUUGGGUCUGCAUGACAACGAUCGGCGUCUGGCUGACCACUUUGGGGGCAAACUGCACCUUGGCUUUAUUGAAAUCCGUGAGAAGCUGGACAAACUGAGAAAAGCCGUUGUUGAGAAACAGGAAAGAAUGAGAAUGAAGAGAAGAGAGGAGCGUGAAAGAGAAGAUGAAAAAGAGAGACAGUGGGAGAUAGAGCGACUACGAGAGAGGGAGCGCGAAAGGGAACGAGAGUGGGAGAGAGAACGCGAAAGGGAGCGGGAGAGGGAGCGUCGGCGAUCAAGAUCUCGAAGUGGAGACCGAUACAAAGAUGGGGGAAGUUCAUCCUCUCAUCGUUCAAGACGCCACCGUUCCUCUCGAUCCAGAGAAGAAGGCAGCGAUCGGGACAGAGAGAGAGAGAGGAAGCAUCGCCACAAGGACAGACACCGUUCACGUUCCCAUUCUCACAGGCACAAAAGGAAGAGGUCUUCCAGAGAGAGAUCGUCUCACACCCGCGACAGAGAGCGAUCCGGCUCCCCAGAGAGAUUACGAGAGGGCGAACAAGAGGGGUGGCGUGAUGGCAGGCCGGCUGAGUGCAGAGACUGGGAAGAAAGAGGGAGGUCUACCUCCCCCGACACGGCCAGGGACAACAGGGAACGAGAGCGAUCCGUGUCGUGUGAGAGGGACCGCCGCUCCAGCUCUGAAGAGAGGGAGUCGGGGGAGAUAUGAACAAGAGGAGGGGGGGGGGGACUCCUUCCGAGUUUAAUUUAGAAAUAUAUUUGUUUUGUAAAAGGAGCAUGGAGAAUUGCAAGCAUUGGAGCGUGUAUGUUUUGGAAGUGGGACAUGUACAGUAGUGUCUUAGCAGGUGUAAGAUGGAACCUUGCUUUGGGGAUGAGGGAACAACUUUACCAGUGGCAGUCAACUUAACAUGCUAAUUUGUAAAAUAGACUAUUAAAUGUGAUAAAAGGAUGAUGAAGUCAGAGGAAGGCCCCAGUGCAUUUUAAGCUAUCAUUUUUGUGAAGCCCCAAAUGCUACAUGAGGUCGCCUGCAGAGGGCAGCAGCUUAUAAUGCUUCCAUCCUGAAAAAUCAUUCAACAUUUUCAAUAAGUGUUUUAAUACCGAAUCCUUUUCUUUUAUACACUCGGCCCAUUUUAUUAGGUACUACUAAGUGUAUUUGUUGGGCUGUUGGUAAAUGUGACUGCAUGCCAACCUAAUGUUAUUCACACUGCUGACGCAACAACUGAAGAAUGUUUUUAAUCAUUUGAGCUGCUGCCAUGUGAUAAGAUGACUACGUUUAAAA